GAGGAAGAAAAGGCAAGCGCAUCUUGGAACGGAGAAACCCUCAGCCUUCUUCCCCGAGGGAGAAAGCAGAUUUCUUGACAGAGGAGAGUUGGGGGGAAAACUGUCCUGAAAGUCUCCGUUGAAAAACAGCACUGACUGUUGUUAUGUAUGCUGAACCAUCCACCAUGAAUUUCCGGAACCAUGGGUUCUUUCGCCGUUCUCCGCCCACUUCGGUGGCGAAGCCAUCUCCUGCUGCUGGGAACACAUUGUCGGUCUUGGGAGGCAUUGCUCAAAUCUCUCCUUGUCUCUAUCUCUGCUCUGGCAAUGCUGCAUCAAAUAGACACAUGGUGUAUUCCCGGGCGGUGAGCUGCAUAGUAAACGCUACCAUGGAAAUCCCCAACGCCAACUGGCCAGACAUUGACUAUGUGAAAGUGCCUGUUCCGGACCUUCCCCAUGCUCCACUCUCCUUGUACUUUGACUCCGUGGCUGAUAGGAUACACCAGACAGGGAAGAAGAAUGGAAGAACUCUAGUUCACUGCGUGGCAGGUGUCAGCAGGUCUGCCUCCCUCUGUAUUGCUUACCUAAUGAAAUAUCAUCGGUUGAGCCUCCUGGAUGCUCACGAGUGGGUGAAGAGCAGGCGACCGGUUGUAAGGCCCAAUGUAGGCUUCUGGAGACAGCUCAUUGAAUAUGAACGCAAGUUGUUUGGCAAGAACACCGUCAAGAUGGUGCCAUCCCCCAUUGGGUUGAUCCCAGAUGUCUAUGAAAAGGAGACCCGUGGGCUGGUCCCCUUGUGGAAUUUGAGAUAAAGGCUAUAAUUGAAAUGGGCUGUGGGCCACAUUGACUUAGAAUGAAAAAGUUCCACCAAGUUAGGAUGUUAAACAGGACUGUUCAAUGUGGUGGAUCUUAAUAAGAAAUUCUGUUAUGGUAGUCUUUUUCUAAGACCAGUAGAUCAUGGAAGACACGAGUUGCUUGAACUUUUCAGUGUGAUAGACAAUGCUGUUUGUUACCACCCUGUCAAACAUUGAUAAGAACCUGUAUUUUGCUUACAGUCUGAGAUGAGAAAUGGUUAAACAGAAACGUACAGGCAGUAAAGAUUACUGUACUAUCUGAUGCAGAGACUCCAAUUAUAAAUUAAUCUUUGCAUAG